AUGCAGAAGGUUGACUGGGAUCCAUAUCCGCUCAACAACCCGGAGAAAGGAGGGCAUUUGACACAGAGCUACCUCUGGCCGACCCAUGCUAAGUUCUCCCGUUCUGGUGAUAGUGUCGUGGGUGCGACUGGUACCUCCGCGUAUGGGCUGGCAGAGGCGAAGCUGCUUUCUGGUACGCUCUACAUCAUCCAAAUACUCUUUGGCUCCAUCGGCUAUGCUACUGGUAUGGCUGUAGGCGUCUUCAGGUCGGUCAAGGAGAAGAGCCACUACAAGCGUUGCAUCCUGGUGACUGGCGAAGGCGCAGCUUGCACCUCACAAAAGUCACUCACUCUCACUUUUGAUACGGCGAGCGUAUUGCUGAUCACUCCUGAAGCAUCUUGCUCAAACAACGACGGCUACACGACCGAGUGUCGAACUCAUGGUGGGGAUGCCGACUACAACAAGUUUUCCUAUCUCAAUAAUAACGCUCUGGCUGUUGCUUUCGGCGCAGGCUACCCAGCCAAAUACUGGAAGUCCGAGUGGACAACGUGGGAGCUGGACGCCGUCUCUGCGGACAAGAACUGUUUAAAUGGGGCGUGCUUCCGCUUUCUGCAACAGAAGCUUAGCUGUUUUGAUGCGCCGGCCAACGUGCGCCUGGUAGCCGCUGCUGUUGCAGCGUUCAAUGAGAGGAGGAGCCACGGUACAGUGCUCAAUGGGAGGCUAGGUGGCGCGGCAAUGAUGAGGUGA